UUUCAACUUCCAAUUUGCUUUGUUGAAGCGCUUGUACUAUGGCUCGGCGGUUCCAAGUUUUCUCUCUGCUCGCCCUGCUGGUCCUCACUUCUCCACCCGUGACUGAUGCUGCAGCCAAUCAGCAUCUCUGCGGGUCUCACUUAGCGGAAGCCCUGUAUUUGGUCUGCGGAGAGCGGGGAUUCACCUACGAUCCCGAUAAAAUGAGCGGAACGGAGCCGGGACUUGGUUUGCUCACUGGAAAAGCUGGGGAGGAGAAUGUAGUGGACGAAUAUCCAUUCAAGGAACAAGGAGAGAUGAAAGUGAAGAGAGGCAUCAUUGAACAGUGCUGCCACAAGCCUUGCACCAUAUACGAACUGGAAAGUUACUGCAAUUAAAGCCAAGUGAUUACACUAAAUUAAUGUGAUUUAAAAUAUCCAUGUGUUGCAUUAUUUUGAAACAUUAAAGAUUUAAAAACAUUGAAAAA